UACAGCGCCAAAACAACAUGUCAAAACCAUAUGCAAUUUUACCUUCUUUUUACCUUCUUACCUACCCGAUCUGACAAAGCGGGAGAUGGAUUUUCUCGAAUCUUCAUUCUUUGCAAAGUUUGAUCGAUGCCUCCCAUCACUAGCAGAAGUGAGAGCCUUAUCACACGACUUUUCUACGGCACGCCAGCCAAAACCCGUGGUCUUUGAGCAACUCAACCUCCUUGUCAAGUCUGGCCGCACGGUUCCUGUCGCAGAAGCUCAGUGUCUUUGGAUGCUGAGACGGGUGUUCGGUGACAGUGUUCCAGUACCUGAAGUCUACGGAUGGCGAAUUGAGAACAACUAUGUCUUCAUUUACAUGGAGCUCAUUCAUGGCCGGACGUUGCACGAAUGCUGGGAUGAUUUAGAUAGCAUGGAGAAAACAGUACUCUGCGAUCAGUUAUGUGAGAUUGUCAGUCGUUUUCGCCAACUCAGCUACCAACCCUCGGACAAGUACAUUGGAUCCGUCAGUCGGCAGCGUGUUCACGACUGUGUCUUCGAAGCACAGACGGAAGCGGGGCCAUUCCCAAAGAUCAGAGAGUUCAUUGAUUGGUUUUCAGGGUUGCCCCAGGCGCGACUCCCCAUCUCAGAGAGAUAUGAAGAUCCUUAUAGAGGAUAUUUACCAGACGAUGGUGUGAUCACAUUUACUCAUGGUGUCCUCCACCGGUCCGCCUCGCAUUCUUGCCAUUGUCGAUUGGGCGCAAUCCGGAUGGCGCCCCGACUACUGGGAAUAUUGCAAAGCGAUCUAUACCUGCUGUUAUGAGGACGAAUAGCGCCGAGAUUAGAUUGAUAAGUUUCUUCAUCCGCGAUUUCAGGAGCUUCUGGUGUUUUCAGAAUACACGAUGUCAAUCGGCGCUAUUUGAGCAAUGCGGUUUCCUGCGAAGAACGGCAAAAAUUGCAGCUUGAGGGAUGGGGGCGAGAAUCAAGAUAAAUACAUGAAAGAACAGCAUAAUCGCUCAGUGGCUAGGACUUGAAUCGAUAUAUA